GUACAUGUACGGGAAUCUGGUGAAAAAUAUUCGUGGUUUUCGGUGAAAUUCUGUGUAAAAUUGAUUGUUAUUCGCGUAUUUAUUCCUAAAUCCGUCGCAAAGUGAUGUGAAGUGACAUUGUCGCGGUUCGUGGUUCGUACAAAGGCAAGUGAGAAUACCCCUGUGAAAAAUGUCGUGGCUCAAGUUGAACGAUAGCUUGAACAAAGUCAAGGGUCAGAUUACCAGCUUUGCGCAGGAGGUUCUGGCCGAAGGCAUCGUCGAGGAGCAGGAGGACGAAGAUCCGAAUCGCAACCCGGUGCGUGAACUCGAUGAAGCCCGGGAGAAGAUCGGCGAACUGACGGGGCUAUGUGCGACUCAGGACCAGGAGAUUGCAACACUGCGCAAACAAAUUGUUGAAUAUCAACAACAGCAACGGAACCAGUCCAAGUCGCCAACCGAACUUCCUCCGCCGUCGGGUUCCAAGCUGGUUCAGGAUCCACAUGGUCCGGGUACAUCGACGGCGGUGGCAGCGGCUACUACAGCACCUUCAGCGGCGUCCGCACUUGAGGACAGCUGGUUCUGGGAUCCAGAGCAGAACGUUUCAUCCACAUCGUCUUCGUCGAAGAAGGACGACGAAAAUGAUUCGCCACGAUCGGGUACGGAUCUUACCACGAUCCCGCUGGAGGCUCCCGCCUCCGAGGGGGAAAUCAUCGAACGGUUACACCGACAGUUGGGGGACAUCCGGCAUCAGUUGAAGAAGCAACAGCUGGAGAAUGCACUGCUCAACGAGAAACUCACGCAGGUUAGUAACGAAAACCGGGAGUUGAACGAGAACAUCGAGGAACUCGAUCGACAGCAUGAGCUGGUUGUGGAAAAUUUGUUGGGUGCUAAGAAGGGACUGCUGGAGAAAUGCACACGGUUGGAGGAGGACCUGAGGGUGAUGCACGGCGAGGCGGCUAUUACGCAAGAAUUGGAACAAUUGAAGGUGAAGUAUGGCAAGCUGGAGCAGAGUUAUGUGGGAUCCUGUCAGGAGAGUGUUAGGUUGAAGUCCGAGCUGCAAAGGAUUGUAGUUGACAAUGUGGAUGUCGUAGCGGGGUUGGAAGGAGAGAUUGAAGAGCUGAAGAAAAGUCUAGCUGGAGCGGAAGAUCGGCUUCGACGCGUACUAGAGGAAGCUGAACAACGAAUUAACAUCAUAGUCGCAGAAAAGGCAGAAUUGGAUGAACAGCUGGUAACCCUGAAGGACGACAACGAACAGAUUAGGAACAACCUUGAAGAGACGAGAGCAAAAUGUCAGAAACUCAGUGAAGUCGAGGUAGAAAAAGCCAACAUGAAAUCGGAACUGGACGAAUUCAAACGGAAAGCCGAAGAGGAAGCGUUCGUAGCACUGCAGAAGGAAGAUCAAACGGAAAUUGAAGACCUUCGUCGAAAGCUGGACCAGAUGAAGUCCGAAUCCGAACGAUGGAAAACCGACUGCGAUCGACUGCAGGAGGAUAAUCUUGAGCUGCAGAAAAUUGAGAAAGAUUUACAGAUGAAACUCCAAGAACACAGGGACCUAUUGCAAGCAAAAGAGCAGCAGAGCGUGACUGAAUCGCAGGUCCAGCAGCUGCAGCGCGAGGUUAGUGAGUUGCAGAACGAACUGAAAAGCGUAAUCAUCGAUAAUUCCGUACAAAUGGACGCCAAAGAAAAAGAAUGGCAGGACAAGCUGAACUUCCUGAAGGCGGAAAAUUCCCGAAUUCAACACAGCAAGGAUACGCUCGAAGCGGAUCUGCUGGAGUACGAGAAGGAAUGUGCCAACUUGAUGAAGAACAACGACAUGAUGAUCGCAGAAAUUGAGAACCUGAAAUGCAAGAAGCUGGAGACGAUCAACGAGAAUGCAGAGGAUAGCAUUGUUAUCCUGGAGAAGCAACUGGAAGAUUGCAGCAGGUUGAACAAAAGUUUAGACGAUGAGUACAAGGAGAUCAACAAGAAGCUUGAGGAAGUGCUUGAAGAGAGGGAAGAACUGGAAAUGCAGGUUGAAAAUUACCAGAAGACUCUGGAAGAGAAGACCAAGAACGUCAAGGAUCUGCAGCUAGCGAUGGAGACGCUGGAGAACGAGAAGAGUAACCUACUGUUUGAGAUUAAUGAGUCGAAAUCUCGGGACACGGCACCGGAAGAUUCCAGUGAGAUUGACGCCUACAAAGCGGAGACGGAAAGUCUCAAAUUUCAGUUGACGACUAUUAAUGAGGAUCAUGCUAGUCUAGUGUUAAAACUGCAACAACUACAGCAGAACUCAGUUGACAACGUAAAAGCAUUCGAGGGUAAGCUUUCCGAGAUGAGAAAAUCUCUGGAAGCGAAGGAAUCUGUGAUCAAGCAGCUGCAAGAAGACUUGCAGAGGCAAACAGCAGAACUAAAUACAAUGCAGCUGUCCAGUGAAAGCUCCGUUCAGGAAGGCUUGAAAAUUAUGCAAGACCGGUUGGAAGCGGAGUCACAGAAAGCUACUGUUUUGGCAGUGGAGAAAGAUGAAAUCGAAGCCCAACUGAACCUAAAACUGGAAGAAUUGGACAAGUUAAAUGCAGAAUUGGAAGAACAUUCCCAGGUCAACACGGCUAAGCAAGCAGAACUGAGUCGCACGAUCGAAACGCUAACCCAACAGAAAGACAACCUCGUUCAGUUGAUAACGACAAAGCACAACGAAAAUGUCCAGUAUCAUGCCGAGAUUCAGCGGCUAAGCCAACUGCUGCAAUCAGAGCUAGCAGCCAAGAACGAACCCAUUCCUCCCACCGAAUGCCAAGAGUGUCCUGCACUCCGCGAAAAACUAACCUCAUUCGAGUCGCAGAUCAAGAAACUCGAAGACUUCGAAAAGAUGGCCGAUCAAAUCCAGUUCCUGCGGGAGAAAUCCGAAAUUCUGACCAACAAUCUUCUGAUCGAGCAAAACAACCAGAAGAUGCUGCAGCAGGAGAAACAGGAAGUGCUGGAGCAGAAGAACAACCUAGCCAAGGAUUUGGAUCGACUGAGGCAGCAUCUGUUGGAAGUCGGAGAAGCUCACACCCAGGAAACGGUAGAACUUCAGCAACGCUACGAGGAGACCCAGAGAAAGCUGCAAGCACUAGAGGAUGAGGUGAAGAAGUCAACCAACGCACUGACGUCGGCAAGUAUUCGUGCGAAUCAGCAUGCCGAGACACUGCAGGCGCAGUAUUACCUUCUGCAGCAGCAGCGGGACGAGCUGGUGGCCAAGGUGAACUCAGCCGACGAUCGGGACCACAAGAACCAAGCCUCGCUCACGAAUCUGCAGUGCGCGCUGGAGCAGUUCCAGAUAAAUCGCGACCGUGACAUCGAACUGGCUACGGCUGCCAUCCGGAAAGAGCUGGGACAAUCACAAUCCCGGGAAGCACAGCUGAAGGGAGACAUCCGACAAUUGCAACAGCAACUGGCCGAUGCCAAAAACGGGCUCUUGGCAGCAGCAAGAAUCUCCGACCAGCUGGAAAUUGCCCAGGUCACCGUUGCUUCGCUCAAGGAAGAAUUGGCGAAGGGCAGUGAAAAGUACGAAACUCUCGAAGGUCGCCUCCGCGCUACGGAAGCUAGUCAAGCGGACAAGGUGGAGAAGUCGCUGGUCAAAAAUCUGGUCAUCGGAUACGUCGUUGCGCCGAAUCAGAACGACAAGCAUCAAAUUCUGAAGUUGAUCUCGGCCGUCCUCACCAUGGAUCAAGCCGAAUGCAUCAAGCUGGGACUGAACCGGUCCGGGGGCGGUUGGUUCCACAGCAUUCUGGGCAGCGGCAAUUCUCCCGCGGCAGGAGCAGGAAACUACAACAAGGAGAGCCUCACGGAAGCAUUUGUGAAAUUCUUGGAAAAGGAAUCCGCACCGCGUCCGGUGAACCCCACCGGUAGCGGCCUGUUGAACAUAAUGGCCCACCAAAGCCAACCACAACAAUCACAAUCGACGACAUCUUCAUCUAGGACCACCACACCUACUCAGCGACAACAGUCAUUGGUAGAUCAAAAUCUAAAUCCGGUUGAACCGGGUGCGGGUUCCGUGCCCGUUCCGGUUCAACCGAUUCUGCUGGGGGAAUCCACGCUGCUACAGCAGCAGACGACCUUCCAAGCACCGCGUAAUUCCAGCUCGAUACUGAAGGAUAUCCUCAGCGAUUCUUGAUUUGAGCUGUAGGGGGGAAGGAAGACCCCGCAGCUCCGGAUUGAGCAUUAAGGUACGUUUCCGAUCAGAGUUGUUCGGUUGUAAAUAAGUUAGAUUGUUUUGCCUGUUUUUUUUUCCGACGAUAACAUGAAUCGUAAUUUUAUUUUUAUUUGUGCAAUUUUGAGGACAGUAUAUAUUAUGUCUACACUGAACUACGCAUGUGUAGCUUCUUUGUGUUGAAGGACAAAUGAACGUACUCUAUAGCUAAUUUAUCUAGGAGAUAGGUUAAGCUCGGCUGCUGAAUAUAGCCCCCCGUGUCUAGCUAUCGUA